CCCUGGUUUUCGAUCGCCUUCCCAUAAAAAUGGUAUCAUUGCGGAGCCUCCCUGCUUCUUAUGCCUCAUCUCCAUCACCUUCAGCCAACAGGAAUCGUCCCAACCUCCAUCCCGAUCUCAAUCUCCCCUUCCCUUCCUUAAAAAAGAGGCAUUCAGAACAUAGAUUUCUGCUCUUUUUGAGAAAGCAAAGCGACAUAGAUUUGCUCGCGAGUACGGCGGCCAUGUAGGUGUACAGGAAUCAUCACCCAAUCUUCCCUUCCGCUGGUACCUUUCUUUCUUUGUUCCUUUCCCCACCUUGCAACCCAGCUACCUUUCUGCUUACGCUUGCCAAAAAUCCAAUCUUUUCCACGUUCUUCGUGUUUUCCCGGUCCAGCAUUCCGUAACUCCUCGAAAGUUGUAAUUUUGAUUGCGACUGUGGUUUCGGUGGAUCGACUAUCCCCGAUUUAGAGCUUUGCCUUUCUUUUCUUUUUGUGUGUGUGUUUUUCUUUGGAUGAGGGUCGACGCCACCUUGGCUGACCGCGAGGUAAGAGAAGAGUUGGCGACGGAGAAGGGCAAGUCAUCGUCCAAAAAGCGGCGGCAGAAGAAGCUGGCAUCGAUGCCGCGUGCCGUGCAGAGGCUGUUUGAAACUUGCAAGGAGAUUUUUGCUGAGGGUGGGCCUGGCAUCAUCCCAUCACCGAAUGAUGUGGAGCGCCUUCGAUCUUUUCUUGAUACUUUAAAGCCAGCAAAUGUUGGUCUAAGUUCUAACAUGCCAUUUUUUCGGAAUGUUGGGAUGGAUGGACCUCCUCCAGUUACAUAUUUGCACAUUUAUGCAUGCCCCAAAUUUUCGAUUGGUAUCUUCUGCCUCCCUCAAGCAGCUGUCAUUCCACUUCACAAUCACCCAGGCAUGACUGUUUUUAGCAAACUCCUUUUUGGCUCCAUGCACAUUAAGUCCUACGAUUGGGUUAAUGAUCCUCAGGGCUCCAAUGAGAAAAUCAAAUCCUCAAGUGGUGCAUGUUUGGCAAGGGUGAACACUGAUGCCAUCUUUAAGGCACCCUGUGAAACAUCGGUUUUAUACCCUACCACUGGGGGUAACAUGCAUUGUUUUACUGCAGUAACCUCCUGUGCAGUGCUAGAUGUCCUUGGACCACCAUACAACGAUGAUGAAGGUAGGGCUUGCAUUUACUACAAGGAGUAUGCAUACUCAAGUUUUCCAGGCGAUGCAAUCGUGUUGUCUGGUGAGAGCGAGGAGUAUGCAUGGCUGGAAGAGAGGGGAAGUGAGCCUGAUGAUCUUGUCGUGCGUGGUGCUGAGUACAAGGGCCCAAAAGUUGUAGACUGCUAAUUUGCAACUCUGCGAUGAUGCUGCUACGUUUGCAGCAAAGCACAAAGAAGCUACGGGGCUGGUUGUUUGAGUGUAGAUACAUAAAGAAAGAAAAGGUUAGACGAUAAGAUCGGGGCGGUGUUUGCUCACCUUCAAAAAUCGUCUCUUCAGAAACCUUUUUCUUUGAUAGAAUACUAGCUUAGACCCCCCCAAAAAAACAUUUCAGGGUCUGUUCCAGGGAGUUUGGUUCUGGUCAUGGGUUGUCAUGGAAAGCCAUUCUUGUGUAGCUUGAGAAGGUUACGAAGCUCGCUGAUUUCUUUGUCUCUCAUUGGACUCUGAUGGCUCUUCUUCAUUUGUAAGGCCUGAAGAAUCAAUUGAGCAUUUGCGAGUCAUCCUUUACUGUGAUCACCACUUUGUUUUCAUGUAAUUGUCAAUGCUUCUCCAGUUCUGUUU